CUCUAGGUCAUUCUCCCAGCCAGAGAGAGAGAGAGAGAGAGAGAGAGAGAGAGUGAGAGGGAGAGGGACAGAGAGAAUGGCGGCCUUCUCUUCAGCAAGAAGCGCUAUCCUGAAGCACCUGAGACUGAGAGCAAACGCUGUUUCUUCUCCGUUCCCUUCUUCUUCAUGUUGGUCGUCGUCGUCUCCUGCGCUGGUGCGUCUGCUGCGUUUCUACUCAGAGGAGGUGAGGGGUUCCUUCCUUGAUAAAUCCGAAGUCACCGAUCGGAUCAUUUCCGUCGUCAAAAACUUCCAGAAGGUCGACCCUUCCAAGGUAACUCCGACAUCUCAUUUCCAGAAUGACCUUGGCCUUGACAGCUUGGAUUCAGUGGAAAUUGUCAUGGCACUAGAAGAAGAAUUUGGGUUUGAAAUUCCAGAUAAUGAAGCUGAUAAGAUUGAUUCGAUCAACCUUGCAGUGGAAUUCAUAGCUUCUCACCCUCAAGCAAAAUGAUUUGCUCCAGAGUGUUCUGAUUCUACUCUGAUGUUGUUAAACACUGUUCCUUUGCUUCCUUCGUUAUUGAUGAGAAAAGAUGUGGGCGUCCCAUGCAUAUUUUGCCAAGAGGACAUUCGGACCAAGGUUAUGAAGUGCCUUUUACGUCUGCGCACGCUUGGUGAAAAUAAGUGCACAUGAAUCUGUACCAACCCCCAGAACGUUUUGACAGACUUCUAUACGGAGCGUUUUAUGUUUUCUUCUCCUCAAAACUACUUUUCCCUGGCAGGAUUUAGACUUGUAGAUCAAUGAAAUAGCUUGCUUAUGCAAAGUCUAUCGCCGUGUUUCUUAUCACUAAAAUGCUAGAGGUCCAUCUUUUAUUUUACACUUUAUACUUCUUUAUGUGCUUAAAUUUUAAAUGGGAGUUAAGAUUCCUGGGGUU